AUGCGAAAGUCGUUCGACGCAAAACGAUUUAUUCACGAAGGUGCAGUUACUAAAGUUCCAGACAUUGUUGAGAAACGACCACCACCUCAGGACCUUUCUGCAGAUACCCUGAAGGCUCUCGAUUGGAUACUACAGAACAUCACAAAGGUCACAGAAGGCGAAGAAUCAUACAAGAAGGCACUCACUUUGAACUCAGACACAGACGAUGCGGACGGCAAAGGGUUCCCAGUUCCCCUGCAGCUUUUCGCAUCGAGUGAUAACACGGACAUAGUCAAACCUUUCAGAGGUAAAAGCGCCAGGAAAAACUCGAAAGAGGUACGUUAUUGGAAUUGCCAUGCUUCAGAUACAGGAGACACAUUCUGCUUUGGUCUCACGACGGAGACAGUCCCUUCUUUGCCCCGCUUCAAGAAGUUGCGAAAAGGAAAAUCAAAGCAGAGAAAAGGCAGUCGCAAAGCGCACGACUUAGAACUUCACUCUGGAGAAUUCAAACCGUAUGUAAGAACUAAGAAAAUGGACGCCAUGAAUAGCGUUGAACGAAAGGUCAUGGAAGCUGAGGACUAUGCGGCUCCGUUUGACAGUGGUGUUAUUCACAAUGGUCUUUCUAUUCCGAAAUCCGUGGAAUACACUGACGAAACAGCGCCGAUUGCUGAUAGGGGGAGCUCCAGCGUUGAAUCAACCGCCUACAGGUCCCUGUCUCCACCCCAGAACGAGCAGCGACAAGCAAAAGAUCUGAACUUGGUGCCAAUCAGGAGAGGAUUCCUCCCAGGAGCAAAUGCAGAAUUCCACCAGCAGCCCAUGCAUGUAAUCACUGAAGGAAGUACUGAUCAUGAAGGUAGGUAA